GUGUACCUCACACACCUUGACAGUACUGCCUAGUAGCUCGACUGCGCUUGUUUACCUUCUCUCUUCAUGUCGGGCGUCGCGAUAGUGGAACGAGCAGAUAUUCACAAGUCAUGCAAGUCCAUCGAGGCCAUUGUCAACAUUCUGAAUGACUAUUGUGAAGCCGCCAACGCAAUUGUGACAAUUCAGAAGAAGUUGGCGAAGGCGCUACGCGAAUCUGCAUCGACCAAGUCGACUGCUGAGUUUGCCGCAAAUGCCCUUAAUGCGAGCGCAACGAUAUUUGAGUCUCUCGCAGAGGUUGACUCCAAGUUCGUCAAGUUCGCGGAUAAGGAAUGUGAUAAUAUUAGUGCAGAGGUGAAGAAGUGGUUCAAGAAGCUCGCGAAAGAAGAGAAAGCCCACGAUGAACGCAUGGCUAGUGCAAACGCGAAGAUUAAGCAGGCCGGCCAAUUAUAUGAGAAGAAGUCAAAGAAGAACCCUCGCGACGCACAAGAUGAACAUACUCGGUAUAUCACACUCCUUAGUUCCCUUGGUCCAGAGGUUGCUCAAGACAAAUAUAACCAUUCCCUCAACGUCACAAUACGCCAUACAGAGACUUCGUAUAGCAUUGCUGCAUGUCUAUCUCGAGUUGCAGAUGGCGAAUGGCUACGUUCUUGUGAAGGAGUACGCCGAUUCGGACCCACGAUUGGUCAAUUGGGUCAAUGGCGUGCCCUUUGUGAGGGCGGCUGGACGGGUCCUCUUCCUCAAGGAUUCCAGGAUGUAGACACCGAAACUCCACUGUCGGAGCACCCUAUUAUCACUGCUCCGAGUAGAGAGCAACUUCCACAGCAGAAUAACACUCCAGAAACACUAGACAAACCCGCUCCUGAGUACACCUCACGGGGGCCCACACCUACUGGUACCAUGAGGCCUCCACCAAAUUAUGCUUCACAGUCGAUUUUAGACGGUCCUUCUGAUAAACAUGAUAAUAGCAGGGGCCGUAGCCAGUCUCCCACUUCUCUUCCUUCGCUCGCUUCCUUCCCUUCACCGCCGACACAUUUUCCACUGCCACCUGUGUCUACGUCGCUUUCUUCGAAUGAAUCAGUACCUCACGGUACGAGAGAAAGUCGACCUGACCAUGAUACCCCUGCCGAGUCGAAUAGUCCUUAUGAAGCUUCGAAAACAACACCUUCUCAUCCCAUGCCUUCAGAACAACGCACCUUUCCGGUCUCUUCUCAAGCAUCAGCAGACCCGACACCUGCUCGCACCACAACUAAAGAUGCUUCAGAUGAUCAUCAACAGCCUGCAGACCUUGUGUCUCCGCAGCAGGGUUCUCGCCAGUCGUCGUCUUCAAAUGUCAUGCCAUCCUAUGCUCCUACUCGUUCGGGAGAGAAUGCGAUUGUCUCUGCCUCUACAACGGCUACUACCUCGCCUUCCGGAAGCAGAACUCAACCACAGGAAGUCCUGCUGGACACAGAACUCGGAAUCCGCCGGAGUGUCGACGCCAUGCAACAGAAGUCUGGCACAUCCAACACAAAGACACUUGAACGGCACGAUACCGGUAGGAGUAGCGGAAGCGUUGUCGCUAACUUACGCGACAAGUAUAUUCGCAGUGCUGGCCCGCCCUCGCCUGGCCCCAAAGAAGUCCCUCGGUUGCCUCUCAGUGUAUCGAAUCUGGCUCAUCGCUACGAAACCAGUGGCAAUAAUCAAGUUGCACCACCUCGCUCGCCUAGCGAGGGGCGUCGACGUGUCUCAUCAGACCUUCACGUUCGACCUCACAAUGUGCAGUCAUACGACCAACCGGGGACUUCAUCGCAGACUUCCAGUUCGAACCGGUCUCCAAUACGCUCGAAAGAGUCUGAUCUGCUGAAGCAGCCUAUAGUUGAAGCAAGAGAAUCAGAGCUUCAGGAACGUGAACAUCAAUUACGACUUCGAGAACACGAAAUCCUUGAGUCGUCGAAGGAACUAGAGAGACAGAGGAUACAACUACAACAUGCGAGGCACGGUUUAGCUGUCGAUUCCAUUAACCGAUACCCUAUCACUGACCGACCGCAAGUUGAAUCGCCGUCUUCAUCACCUCUGACUCGUCCUCAGCAACUGCAUUCCUAUAGCUCGACACAUCUCCCUGUCCAUACCACAGGAACAUAUAACCACAGUCCAUCUUCUCGUUCACCCAUAAGUGCAGCUCCUUCCCCAGUUCUUCCAGGAGAACAUGCACCCUACUGCGGCUGCGAAGCUUGUUCAGCAUCACAAUACAGAGCAAGAGAUGCUCCGCCAUCGCCGAGAAACCCUCGUCCCCUCGAACCUCCUAUCACCCUACGGCCAGAGAAACCCAAAGGGUGGAUCCGACGACUGAGCAUGCCUGUCAUGGGUAACGCUUUCUCGUCGUCGGAUUCGAAGAAGGGUGUUGGUAAUCUGGCGAUACCCUCCAAUACUGCUGGAUACCGAAGUAGCUUGGCCUUGCCUGAUGAAGAUGGCCGUCUGCGAACGGAUUUGAAUUUUACUGGUGGAUAUGGGAGCAGAAGUAGUGUGAAUUUAGUGAGACAUCGGUGAGAUAUACCUGAUAUACUGUUACUGUAACUUAUUAUAUACGAUACCUGGUCAUUUUAAGGCUCGUGCUCGUGGCCAAUGGCCGGGAAAGCGUUCCCAACCUUUCCGCCAGGAUUUCUACUAAAUGUCGCCGUUUGUAUUCAAGUUUCUUCAUUGCUUUUCUUUAGACUGCGUUUCUUUUUCGAUAUGUAUACCUAUAUUACACUACCUUCUAGCUUGGAGUAUCGCUGGCAAUGUUUUUUUUUUCAAUAUUAUUCUUCUCUCGCGCGAAGUCGCCGCGUUGUCGAUCACGUCGAUCAACAUUGAAUGAUCACUGUGUGUAGAACGGCAUGUGGUCCUCGCUUCUUGGUAUCCUCCGCCUUUUCUACGGCCGAUAAGUCACCAUUGCUUUGGAUGCGUGUUCAAACAGAUCACUUGUGGAAGGACAUUCGUUCCUAUUCAUGCGAGCCCCUGGUCAAGCGGCCAUACACCCAUGUUCCAAUAUAUUCUAGCACAUAAU